AUGCUGCGAAACGAUGACUCUUUAUUUUAGCUCGCAGUCCAUCGCUUCGGUAUUCUAAUGGCCAACUUUACCGCCGACAUUAUCCUGCGCGAUGGCUACUUGCUCGAGCGGCACCAGGUUACCACGGCCGAUGGUUACAUUCUGACCAUGUUCCGCAUCCCUGGCAGUCCAGCCAAUCCUCCGCGAGUCGGUAAGCAUGUGGCAUUCCUGCAGCAUGGACUGCUUAGUUCGUCGGCCGACUACGUCAUCCUGGGACCGGGUCGUGCUCUCGCGUACCUGCUCGUUGACGCUGGAUACGACGUGUGGCUGGGUAACGCCCGUGGGAAUACCAAUUCGCGGCGGCACGUCUUCCAUGACCCCGACGGACGCAAUACGGCCUUCUGGGACUUUAGCUGGCAUGAGAUCGGAUAUUUCGAUCUACCGGCCAUGAUUGACUACGCGCUCGGGCACACCGGGCAAACGUCGCUGCAGUAUGCAGGCCAUUCGCAAGGCACUACGUCCUUCUUCGUGAUGGCUUCGCUGCGACCGGACUACAACAAGAAGAUCCGCUCGAUGCAAGCGCUGGCACCGGUCGCCUUCAUGAGCAACCUGCGGUCACCGUUCGUGCGUGCGUUCGCUCCCUUCGUCAACCAGCUCGAGUGGAUCAUGAACAUGUUGGGUGUGAACGAGUUCCUGCCCAGCAGCGAGAUGUUGACUCUCGGCGGACAGCGCCUCUGCCAGGACGAGUCACCCUUCCAGGAGGUAUGCGCCAACGUGCUGUUCCUGAUCGGUGGUUUCAACUCUCCGCAACUCAAUCGCUCGAUCAUUCCGGCCCUGCUGGAGAAUGCUCCUGCGGGUGCUUCGGUGAACCAGUUGGUGCACUACGGGCAAGGCUAUAACUCUGGCUUCUUCCGCCAGUACGACUUUGGGCUAACGCUGAACCUGAUCCGAUACGGUUCCAUCCGCCCGCCAGACUAUCCGCUGCACCGUGUGACCGCCCCGGUGGCGCUGCACUACAGCGAUAACGACUGGCUCGCCGGUGUGCCGGACGUGCGUGAGCUGCACUCCCAUCUGUCGAACUCGAUUGGACUGUUCCGGGUGUCCGAUCCGCGCUGGAACCAUCUGGACUUUGUCUGGGGCACCGACGCAAAUUCGUUCGUUUACGAGCGGGUGAUUAGCUUCAUGAAUCGGUACAAUUGA